AUGACACCAAUCUAUAUGAUACAUCAUAUGACAACCAUAUCGUUAUUAAUAUUAAGCUAUAUGACCAAAAAUUAUCUCAAUGGUAUCACUAUUAUCUAUCUAUUUGGCCAGGAUACAUUGCUUAUGCAAUUCAGUAAAUGUAUCAUCAGAAUUCAAUUGCAAAUCAUUCAACGUAAUAGAAACUUGGUUCGUAGAAUUUUAUUCUAUGGAUUUGCCACUCUUUGGAUGUAUAAUCGUAUAUAUCGUUAUCCAUUGAUCAUUAUACCAGAAUUGGCAUUAUUUGCAUCGAAAAAUUUCCAUCUAGAUUGGAGCAUAUUGGGCUAUAUAUUGAUUCUAUUAUUAUGGAUAAUUUUAGUGGUCAGUCUUUUUUGGACAGUGUUUAUUGUCAAAAUUGUAUCAAGUACAUUGUUGGAUCAAAAAGAUAUCUAUCAUUUGGAUAAUUUGCAUUUACAAUUAUGA